AAGUUUUUUGUAUUUGGAAUGAUUUAUCGAUUUUUCCCCUUUUUGUGGAAUUGCGAGUGUGCGCCCUCUAUAGGUGGUGACGGUGCCACCCUUGAAAUGGCUGCAAGACACGCAUGACGAGGAGAAGGCGGGCGCAAUUACCGUCAUUGACCUCAGUGCUGAGGCCGUGAACCACGCUGUCUCUGUUUGGGCCUGUUCAGCUUGUUGCAGCGUUUAGUUAUUUGGACUUUAAAACUGCAAUUGCAUCCUUAUUUUUUGGUGACAAUUUUUAUACAAUAAAACCGGCAACAUUGGAUGGUCAAACUCCCUUUGUAUUGGAUUAUUGGACAGAACUGCGAGUCUUGACAUUGCUUCUCCUGCUUUCUCCAUGGUGGUAAAAUCAAUUAGGACGUAGGAAUAGGAUCUAGGGGUUUAAAGGAAAAAACUCAACUGUUUUUGCCACUACAAUUCGUCAAUGACGUUGCUUGGAUUUCCCCCGAAGAUAUUCACGCAAGCUGGACACAGGAAUGUCGGCCUAACGCAUGGUGAACUUGAAACAAAGGAACUCUUCAACGGAGGUGCUGAAGCAGCUCAAGCCACAGCUGAUGCAUCACAAGCACACCUGGAGAAAAGGCUAGACUAUUCGCUUCAUCUUCAUGAUCGCACUGCUCCAGCAGUCAGGACUAAGACAGGUGCCAAUGUUCAAUUUCCCCUGCCUAAUUUAGGUACAGAUAGGCAAGACAGUAAGCCUAUUUUCCUUCCCAGGAUCAGUAGUGAUAUAAGGCCACAACAGCUACACCUCUCAUCGCAUAGCUUUCCCUCUGCCCGAUAUGCCUCAUCACAUAGCCAUCUCUCUGCCCAACACUCAUCUCAUAGCUAUUCCUCUGCCAUUCCCCCUGUCAUUUCCCAGUCAUAUGCUAGCUCAGAUCAAGCCACUCGGUCCACUGUGACACACCAGCAAAUUCCCUCUUCAACCAGCUCACCGCAGGACAAUCAUGUGAUCAAAGUAUUGGAGAAUCAAAGUGAAUUAACCAGGAUGCUCAUGAAACAGCAACUUCUGACUACACUACCUCAAGGAAAUAUCCCACUCUUUGACGGACAAGUUCUAGAGUACAAAUCAUUCAUUCACUCGUUUGAAAACAUGAUUGAACAGAAAACAGAUAACAAUAGAGACCGGUUACAAUUUCUUAUUCAGUAUACUAAGGGCCAGGCACAAAGACUAGUCAAAAGUUGUGAGUACAUGUCCCCAGAUAGAGGCUAUCAAAAUGCAAAGCAGUUACUGAAGGAAAACUUUGGAAAUGAAUACAAGAUAUCUUGUGCAUACUUGGAAAAGGUCCAAUCCUGGACUCAAAUGAAAUCUGAGGAUUCCAAAAUGCUGCAGGAUUAUGCCAUGUUUCUCAGGAGCUGCUGCAACGCUAUGGAGGAAAUGGACUACAUGCAGGAGCUGGACACCAUAUCCAGCAUGAGAAGCAUUGCCCUCAAGUUGCCAUUCAAGCUCAAAGAGAAAUGGCGUAACAAGGCUUAUGAACUCCAAGAACGGCACCAGCGUAGGGUAAGAAUUUUAGAUCUUGUCUCUUUCAUUGAAAAGCAAGCCCGUAUAGCAGCUGAUCCAGUUUUUGGUGACCUUCAAGACCAGUCAACUAGUAGAGCUAAGGUUAGAGCCCCUACUCUGUCACAGCCCUCAGUCAUCUGGCAGUAG